GCGGGCAUAGCGUGGCAAGGAAAUCGUCGAGAGUCGAUUAACGAGAUCGCGAGUGCAAAACUCUUCGUGGUGGUCGUAGUCAACGAUACAGUCAGAUCAUGUUCCGGAUCUUUGUUUCCGCAGCUUUGUUGCUCGGCUGGUCGCUGUGGGCGGUCAACGGCCAGAACUGCGCCGAGGACCGAAUACGCAAGUGCAUAGCCGUGGCCGAGCCCAUGCUCAAGGAUCCUCACCUCAUCUUUCCCGACAACAUGAACGACAUCAAUAACGUUUGCAGAACCUGGUCGAAUUUCGUCGACUGCAUAAAGCGCUACAUCGACAAGUGCUUCUCCAAAGUCAGGAAGGACCAGUUCAAUUCGGCCGUCGAGCCGCCCAUCAAUUCGGUCCACCAGAUGUGCUCCAAGUCUUCCUAUCAAGCAGAGUACCUGCAGUACGCAAGCUGCAUCAAGGCGACGGUCAUCGAGCCGGAGCACUGUGGCUCCCAUUACUCCUUCCUCGUGUCGGAGGUGUCGCGCGAGUCCGUCCGCAAACCCAAUCUCUGCUGCGCCUACCACAACUUCCGAUCGUGCGUCAUCCUGAAAACCCGAAUGAGAUGCGACGGCAACAAGGUCGAGGGCGUGGCCGCCCGAUUCUCUCGACAGGUCCUCGACAAGGCCUUCCAUUUUCUCCAGGACCAGUGCGCCAGUCACAUUCCCGACACGGGCAAGUGCUCGUCGAUGAUACCCCACGGCAUGAGGAGUUGGGUCUCGACGACGGCCAAAGCAGCGACAGCAGCCUCGGGUCGACUCGGCGAGGCCCGAAGCGUCACCGCCACUCGUGGCCAAUCCAGACAGCAGCAGCAGGACGUGUAUAGGGCCAAGGCCAGCGACUUUUACGACUCGGUGACGAGCGGAGCCGUCCAGAGCAGCGCCCGCGAGGUCCACGCCUCGACCAUGCCCCACGCCACCAUGUACCCCUACAAGUCCUACGGUCCAUCCAAAGCCCGAAGCACGACGAGCCUGGAGCCUCAGUCGUCGGUCACGACGACGCCUCGGCAAGCCAGUAGUACGGCCUCGCGCUCCGUCGUCUGGCCGAGCGGCGCCGAUCGAAGAGAUCCGGACGCUAGCAGCUCCAAGCAGCGGGACAACGAUCUUCGCUACUCGUCGCUCGCCGAAAAUUCCAUGAGCGGCGCCAGCUCGACCGUCCGAUCGCCGGGCUUCGCUCGGGGCAUAUCCUGGAGCAGUGCGGCGCCGACCACCUCCAAGACGACCAGCACGACUUCCACGACGACGACGACGACGCCCACUUCGCGCUCGGUCCUCAUGGCCUCGACCUCCGAGAUACCCGACUGGGCCACCAACACUUGGUUCACCCUUCGAUACGACCCGACCACCGAAGAGGUCUAUCCAGCCGCCGGGAGCUUCGGUGGCAACAACAUCGACGAGCCCAACCAGCAGGGCCUGUCGAGGAAAAGUCACGCCGGACGCGUCUCCGCCGCUGCCCACUGCAUUCUCCUCGUGCUUCCUCUUACAUGUAUCCAGCUCUACUGAGGCUUUCUUCGGAUUUUUCACGAUUCUUGUACUGCGAAUGUAAAAUGAAUGUAAAGCAACUGUGUCCGAUCGAUCGACGCGUCACCGCCUGAUUUUUCGCCCCUCCAGUGUUUGAAUUAUUAAAUCAUAUCAAUUUCGAUCGCACAUCGCAUCUCCCGUAUAAGACAGGCAUAAUUGAUCGUUGAGAGCGUGGCAACAGUUAAUUAUAGUUUAACUAAUUUUAACAUUCUUCCGGAUUUUUUAUCUCUAAGCUGUCGUUCAUAUUAUAGAUUAAUGAUUCUUCUCUUUACAUAAGCUUACUUCACAGAGGGGGAAAUAAAUCCCUUUGACGGAAAUAAAUUAAAAAAAUUCAAGUCUUUUUUAAGAAUAUAAAGCAUUCGUGGUAGAAACAUUCAACAAUUUAUAGAAAGUUUUUGGCCAGAGAAAAAGUUUCUUGGCUAAAAAAGAGCCAAAGAACUGGAAAUGCACUAACCAAACGUUUUUUCUCAACGUAUUACGACCACGCAACGCUCCACGUUCUU